AUGACACUGGACAGCUGGCGGCAGACGACAAGUGUGAACUGUUCAGGCGAGUCGAUGCCAUCGCCGCCGCGCUUCUUGUCUCGCUCCCGGUGCUAUACCGCCUCCUCUUCGACAAGACGAGCAGGAAGAAGAAGAAGGCCAUCCCCCCCCGGCUCCUACGGCCUACCCGUCGUCGGGCACACGCUCACCUUGCUGGGCGCCCUCCGCGCCAACACCGCCGAGGACUGGCUCCGCCGGCGCGCCACCGCUUACGGGCCGGUGUCGCGGCUGUCACUCUUCCGGUACCCGACGGCGUUCCUCGUCGGCCCCUCCGCCAACAAGUUCGUCUUCACCAGCCCCGCGCUGACCACCAUGAACAGCGAGGCCUUCAGCCGCAUGGUCGGCCGGCGGACGGUCCGCGACGUGUCGGGCGAGGAGCACGCCCGCGUCCGGGCCAUGAUGAUGCAGUUCCUGAAGCUGGACGCCAUCAAGCGGCACGUCGCCGGCAUGGACGCCGAGGUCCGGCGCCACCUCGACGCGGACUGGCACGGCCGGGGUACGGUGGCGGUGAUGCCGUCGAUGAAGGCGCUCACGUUCGACGUCAUGAGCACCGUCCUGUUCGGGAUGGGGAGGGACUCCGCCGUCCGGCGGGAGCUGUCGGCGGAGUUCCAGCAGCUGGUGCAGGGCAUCUGGGCUGUCCCGCUGGACCUGCCCUUCACCAGGUUCAGCCGGUGCCUCGCCGCUAGCCGGCGCGGGCGGCGCGCCGUCGCGGGGGUCAUCGCGGAGCGGAGGGCCAAGCUGGAGCGCGGGGAGAGCUCGCCGGCCGACGACAUCGUCACCCACAUGCUCGCCAAGGGCCUCCCCGACGAGGAGAUCACGGACAACGUCAUGUUCCUCAUGGUCGCCGCGCACGACACCACCGCCGCCCUCAUCACCUUCCUCCUCCGGCACCUCGACGCCAACAAGGACGCCUACGCCAAAGUUCUCGAGGAGCAACAAGAAAUCGCGCGGAGCAAGAAGUCAGGGGAGGCCCUGUCAUGGGAGGACCUCGGCAGGAUGAGGUACACCUGGGCGGCGGCGAUGGAGACGCUGCGGAUGGUCCCGCCGCCGUUCAGCAUGCUGCGGAGGGCGCUCGACGACGUCGAGUACGGCGGCUACCUCAUCCCCAAAGGGUGGCAGGUCAUGUACGUCACCAACAUGACGCACUGGGACCCGGCCAUCUUCCCGCGCCCCGGCCAGUUCGACCCGGCGAGGUUCCAGGACCCGUCGGCGAUACCGCCCUACGGCUUCGUGCCGUUCGGCGGCGGCGCACGCAUCUGCCCCGGGAACGAGUUCGCCAGGGUGGAGACGCUGGUGGCCGUGCACCACAUCGUGACGCGCUUCAGGUGGAGGCUCGCCGCCGGCUGCGACGGCAGCUUCUCCAGGUACCCGAUGCCGUACCCGUCCCAGGGCCUCCUCAUCGACAUCGAGCCUAUUGAUGACGCUAACCAUUGAGGCGAAUGGAACACCUCCUGGAGAAGUUCACCGCGCGCGGCAGAACAGUUCAGAAAAUUCAGUGGACAAUCGCUCCCGAUUUAGCACUUGCAGCAUGAUAAAUGCUGUAUGGUUCGCCAUCAGAGCUUGUUUAGAUUAAACCAUCCCCUCGUUCGCCAGUAGUUUAAACUAAUUUAACCUGGAAUCUCUUCCAAUUCAUAUUGGUUGUUGUGGAUUUAA